CCAUCUGACUGGGGCAGCAGGAUCCUGGGCCCAGGAGCAGAGGAAGCCCAGCUCCUGCGCAGAACUUCCACAUGGCUGAGUUUGAUCUGAUGGCUCCAGGGCCUCUGCCCGGGGUCCCCGCUCACCCUCCGGCCACUCUCAGCCCAGACUCUGGGUUGGCCAGCCCAGCAGAAGGAGAGGGCACAGCCUCCCUGGGGAGCUCCCCGGGGGAGAGCUGGGGACAGAGCCGUGGCUCUGCCUGGCAGGGGCGUCCUGGGGCGGAGGUGGAGGAGGAGGAGGAGGUCCUGUGCGACUUCUGCCUCGGGGCCAACAGGGUGAGGGCCAUGAAGUCCUGCCUGACCUGCAUGGUGAACUACUGCCCAGAGCACCUGCGGCCGCACCAGGAGAACAGCAGGCUGCAGGGCCACCAGCUGGCAGAGCCCGUGAAGGACCGGGACCUGCUCGUGUGCCUGGCCCACCGCAGCCCGCUGGUUGCCUUCUGCUGCCCCGAUGGGCAGUGCAUCUGCCAGGAGUGCGGCCGGGCCGAGCACAGGGGCCAUGCCUCUGUCUCCCUCGAUGCCGCCCACAGGGACAAGGAGGCUGAGCUUCGGAGCACCCAGUUAGACCUGGAGCGGAAACUCAAGUUGAAUGAAGACGCCAUCGCCAGGCUCCAAGCCAACCAUAAAUCCGUUCUGGUGUCGGUGUCGGAGGUAAAGGCGGUGGCGAAGGAGCAGUUUGGGGACCUCCUUGCUGCCAUGAGGAAGGCCCAGGCUGACGUGAUGCUUUUCCUGGAGGAGAAGGAGCAAGCUGCCCUGGGCCAGGCCAACGGCAUCAAGACCCACCUGGAGUACAGGAGCGCAGAGAUGGAGAAGACCAGGCAGGAGCUGGACAGAAUCGCUGCCAUCGGCAGCCCCGUGCUUUUCCUGGAGGAGUACUGCAAGUUCAAGAACAUGAAGGACGAUGCUUUCCCCAGUGUCUACAUUGGACUCAAGGACAAGCUCUCGGGCAUCCGCAAGGUCAUCACGGACUCCACCGCGCACCUGAUCCAGUUGCUGCAGAACUACAAGGAGAAGCUCCAGGAGUUCUCCAAGGAAGAGGAGUACGACAUCGGAACUCAGGUGUGUGCCUUCACUGAACACAAACACUGGACCUCGGAACCCGAGCCCAGCACCAGGCAGCAGUUCCUCCAGUAUGCCUGUGACAUUGCCUUCGACCCCGACACGGCACACAGGUACCUCCGGCUGCAGGAGGACAACCGCAAGGUCACCAACACCACGCCCUGGGCGCACCCGUACCCAGACCUCCCCAGCAGGUUCACACACUGGCGGCAGGUGCUGGCCCAGCAGAGCCUCUACCUGCACAGGUACUACUUCGAGGUGGAGCUCUCCGGGGCGGGCAUCUACGUGGGCCUGACGUGCCAGGGCAUCGACCGCAAGGGCGAGGAACGCAACGGUUGCAUUUCCGGAAACAACUUCUCCUGGAGCCUCCAGUGGGAUGGCAAAGGGUUCACGGCCUGGCACAGUGACACGGAGACCCCACUCAGGGCCCGCCCUUGUCAGAGGCUGGGGGUCUACGUGGACUUCCCCGGAGGCGUCCUCUCCUUCUACGGCGUUGAGCCGGAGGCCAUGACGCUGGUGCACCAGUUCGACUGUAAGUUUUCGGAGCCCGUCUACCCAGCCUUCUGGCUUUCCAAGAAGGACAACGCCAUCCGGAUUGCGGAUCUGGGAGAGGAACCCGAGAAGCCGGCACCGACCCCGGUGGAGCCCGACAGUGGAGCCGAUGGGGGUACCGCAGCCAUGCCUUCUGGGGCUCGCUACACCAUGCAGGGGGCGGGCAAAGGAGCUGGUCAUCUCGGGACCAUGGAAAACAUGGAAUCGAGGCUCAAGAAUGCCCCUUAUUUUCGAUGUGAGAAGGGGAACAAUUCCGUCCCCGUGUGCCGGAAGUGUGAGACGUGUGUCCUGGCCUGGAAGAUCUUCUCCACCAAAGAGUGGUUCCGAAGGGUGGGCAGGAUGUCCCAGAGGAGGUUUCUGGUCAGCAUCCUGCAGCAGCUGGACAGCUUGUAUUUGUUACACUAUUUUCAAAAUAUCCUUCAGACCACGCAGGGGAAGGAUUUUGUCUACCACAGGUCCCGGGUCAACCUCAGCAAGAAGGAGGGGAAAAUCGUCAAGUCCUCCUUGAACCAAACGCUGGACGAGACGGUGGAACAGAAGAUGAGGGGGAUUUUGCACUGGUUUGGAAACAGCAGCUCCCGGACGAAGGCGAACUACACGCUCCUGCUGCUGCAGAUGUGCGACCCCGAGCUACUGCUCACUGCCGCUGAUGUCGUCAGAGCCCUGCUUCUGAGAGGGCGGAACGGUGCCUCAGGGAACGACCCAGACUCCAAGGAUGUGUUUUUCUUCCCUGAGAAAGGCCACACGCCCCCGUGCGAGACCUCACAAGUCUGCUGGGCAGCCAGACCCGGGCACACAUCCUUCCCGUUGUCCAAAACUACAGGAAAAGCAAGCUUGCACGAAAAUGUGUGGUGGGGAGCAGCCACUACUGAAGGACAGUGGAAGAGUUCACUCCAGUAUAUUUCCGAGAUGAAUAGGCUGUCUUCUGAAAAAGCAAGCGUGUCCAAAGCAGGCUCGGCCCCCGCCGCCGAUGUGCUGGUGGAUCUGGAGGCCGUCAGAGAGCUGUCUUCUGGGGUCAGCAGAUACCGCGACUUCAUCCGUCACCUGCCCGCCCACCUCUCCAAGUCUAUCCUCAGUAUGCUGGAUAAGAACAGCCUGAACAGGUGUGUGUUCGUGAGCCAGCACUGGGCAGUGCUGGCGCAGCAGGUCAGGACCGACAUGUCCAUGCACUCUUUCAUCCAGCGCCAGAUCACCUUCCUGCAGGGGUCCUACACCAGGGGAAUAGACCCUAAUUACGCCAACAAGGUUACAAUCCCAGUUCCUAAGAUGGCAGAUGAUGGGAAGCACCUACAUGUGAAAAAUCAGAAAUGGAAACUGAGAACGAAGAAUGACUACGACCUGUGGACCGCAUACCAGAACGAGGAAACUCAGCAGGUGCAGAUGGAGGAGAGGAAUGUCUUCUGUGGCACUUACAACAUCCGCAUUCUCUCUGACAUGUGGGACCGAAACAGAGUCAUCCACUAUUCUGGGGGAGAUUUGUUAGCUGUAUCAUCCAAUCGGAAGAUCCAGCUUCUGGACAUCAUACAAAUAAAGCAGAUACCCAUCAAGUUCCGAGGCCACACUGGGAGUGUCCGUACCCUCUUCCUGUGUGAGGAGGAAAACUUUCUCCUGAGCGGGAGUUAUGACCUGAGUAUCAGAUACUGGGAUCUGAACAGUGGGGCUUGCAUACGCAUCUUCAGUGGCCACCAGGGGACUAUCACUUGCAUGGACGUGUGUAAGAACAAGCUCGCCUCUGGAGCAAAAGAUUGCCAGGUAAAAGAGUGGGAUAUAGAGACAGGAAAGUGCCUGAAGACCUUUAAACACAAAGACCCCAUCCUGGCCACCAGGAUCAAUGACACGUACAUCGUGAGCAGCUGUGAGAAAGGGCUGGUCAAAGUGUGGCAUGUCAUCACGGCCCAGCUGGUGAAGACGCUCAACGGCCAUGAGGGAGCUGUGAAGUGUCUGUGCUUCGACCAGUGGCAUCUCCUGUCGGGAAGCGCUGACGGCCUGGUGAUGGCCUGGAGCAUGGUGGGAAAGUACGAGCGGUGCCUCAUGGCCUUCAAGCAUCCAAAGGAGGUUCUCCACGUGGCCCUUCUCUUCCUCCGGGUCAUCAGUGCCUGUGCAGAUGGCAAGAUCCGCAUUUACAGUUUCCUAAAUGGGAACUGUCUGAAGGUGAUGAAAGCCAAUGGCAGAGGUUAUCCUGUGCUGUCCUUCUUUAUUCAGGGCAACAGGAUGGUGAUCAACACGGAGAGCAACGUCCUCAUGUUCCAGUUUGAGAAUAUCAAGUGGCAGUACUCCCUGGAACGGGCCAAGCAAAAGAAGAAGGACAAAGAGGAGGACAGCGAAGAAAACGGCCUUGCAGAAGUUCUCUCCAAGUCGAGCACUCAGAUUUACAGCCCUCAGGAAUCCACAUCUAGCAAACAGACAGCCCAGGAGUCCCUGUUCAGCAAAUCUCACAGGUCCCAAGUUCUCCUGAGGGCAUCCAGGUUACCUACAGGAGUGUUAACGGAGGCACCUCUAAGUCAAGGAAAGCCAAAGUCACCCCGAAGAGAUGGCAGGAAGAGACCGAGUUCUAGGGAAGCAAAUGGCACGGGCACCGAGCAAGAGAAUUUGGAAGCAAAACCCCUCGCCGGAGAUAAGAACGCAGACGAUGUGGAGGAAAUACCAAAACAAGGACAACUGGGAACUUUGGGAGACUUGAUCAGUUGCUCAGAGAAGAAGUCCUGGUGCAUCCCUAUGUCACCUGACCAGCUCCUCCUGACUGUGAAUGCCCUGCAGAAAGCCCAUAAUUCUGGGGAGUUUGCCUGUCCCCGGAGGUCCCAAACCCAGGUCAUCGAUGCCUGGGGACCUUCCAUUUCAUACCCAAGGAAGGUCCUGAGUUUGAAGGGACAGUCGGUCCAACAUGCAGUAGAUCGGCUGAGAUUGAGCAACCCUCCCAUAGACGUGAAACAAACCAGUAUUCCCCUUGAAAUCCAGAAGCUUCAGCCUAACCUGAAGAACUCCGUGCACAGCCCCAGAGUCCAGUCUACCAUCCCCCAGCCGGUGCUCAUCUGCCCCAGGUUCUCUAGCAGCUUAAAGGGUGAAGACCCGACAACCAGUUCAGCUGAUGGGGCAGUGCGCAGCUUCAGCCCCUUAACCAGCACACAGGUCAUCAAACCAAACCACAUGCUGGCUCCGCCGAUGGGCACGACGGCCCAGGCUGCCAAGAAAGAUCGGCCCCGCUUCUACACGGCCCUCGACCCCUUCAGAGUGAACACGGAGUUCAUGCUGCUGACUGUGAAGGAGGAGAAAGAGUACGAGGAGGCCAAGAGGAAGGAGUUUCAGGCCAUAAAGCUGGCUGCAGUGGUUGAUCCAGAAAAAGCCAGCAGAGCUGCAUGGAUCAGGAAGAUCAGAGGCCUGCCCAUAGAUAAUUUCACGAAGCAAGGAAAAACAGCAGCCCCUGAACUUGGACAAAACGUAUUUAUCUGAACCAUCCUUGGGAAAUUACAGUGUCUUAAAUAAACAAAAAACC